AUGAGAACGCCAAAACCAAUCUGUGAAAUUAACAAAGAUUAUACAAUACCAAAUGAAAUAAGGGAAAAACUAGGAGUUGAGCCUUAUCUACUCACUAUCCCAUUAAUUAACUUUUGUAAUCCUGCUGCCCAUGUCGAUGCCAUUCCUUUACAUAUUCUUGAUCAGAUAAAUCUUGAGCAUACCUAUUUUGAUAUAAUUCAAAACAUGUAUCGUUUGAGUAUUUUAAAUGAUAGUGAUUUUCAGCUAGCUACGCAUGCAAAGGAAUACCUUAGGAUUGCAUAUAACUAUUGCUCAAAAAAUGGAUUUAAAACCAAGUUUAUCAAACGAGCUGGAGGAUUACUGAAGAUAAAUGAAAGUUAUUUGAAGCAGGCAAAAAUAAAUGCAGCAAAAAAAAGAACAGCACAGGAAGCUGAGCUUCUUGCAGUCGAUUACACGUACAGUUCACUUAAGCAGUACCGAAAAGAAGUACUUUGCGAUCAAACAAGCACAGCAGGCUCAAGCAGUGAUUCAGGAUGCAGCGAGCAAGAUAGAGAUGGUGGAAAGAGUAAAGCUGGCGUUUAUGACACUGGUGAGCAAAUUGAAAACGAUAAUUCUGGUGAUCAAAUUAGGGGCGAACAAUUCAGAGAACCAGGUGCAACAAUUACUUUGACGAAAAACACAAAAACGUAUAACUUCAAACCUCCAGCAUCCUGUUUAGUUAUGCCACAUACACCAAAAAUACGAGCUAUAGAUAUUGAAACGAUCAUGAAGAGUUAUGCUCUAGGUAUUGAAUCCUUGAUCAACAGUCCUAAAUACUCCAAAACUAAUGAAAUGAAGGAACUCAAGGACAACCAGCACAACCAACAAAAGAAUACCUCCUUAUCAAAAGUUAGUAAUAUAAUGGACUAUCUUCGGGAUGUUUUAAGCUAUGAGUUUACUGAAUUUCUGCCUAAUAUUUGGAGCCAUUCUAUUCACCGAUCAGAAGAUAUUAGAACCAAGCAGUUUGCAAACUUGAUAGCAUAUACUCUCACAGACUAUCAUUGUAACUGUAAGCAACAUAUGGCUUCGAAUAAUAACCACGAGAGAACUCCUUUUGUUGAGUACGUUGUACCAAUGUUUAAAUACUUGGCUAAAGAAACAAACUUAUUGGGAUUUUCAUGGUGUGAAAAAAUGGUAGAAACGCAAGCGUAUGCCCAGAUAGCAGAAGUUGACUUUUUACCAGCCGAGGUUAAAAAAAAAAAAUACUCUGAUGGACUAGGAAGGUUAAACAAGUAUGAAACAUUGUUUAUUGAAUCUUCGAGCGGUAUUAUGCAAGAAAAUGUGAGCCACACUCUUGAGGAUACAUUAAAACUCAUUUGUGAAUGUAAUGGUGCCCUUUUCUACAUCCUCAGGCAGUUCAACAAAUGCAGCUUUCAAACAGCAUUAAAACGAUCAACAUUUGGUAUCCAAGUAAUCAAAAACACUAUAACUCUUUCGAAAAUGAACUUGAAGAAUGAUUCACAAUGGAAAUUUGUUGAGCUGCGAUCUGCUCGAGUUCCUGUUGCUUGGAAUGAUCGAUUUGAUUGGGUCACGAUGUUUGAAUUAUUAACGACAUUGUAUCUGGAACUGACUGAACAAGAGAUAAUCAGUAUUCAAAUCAGAAAAGAAAAUUCUGGAUUGAUCAACGUUGCUACAGAAGAAACCUUGUCUGCUCGUUUAAAUAUUCAUUAA